CAAUUGGUACCUUGUGGCGGGGCAGACUAAUAACCUUCGAGGGAGCGCGUGCGGAAGUUCUAGGCUGUGUUUUCGUGUUAUUUACCAUCUAUCUGACUGUAGACAUUACACUUAAUUUACUUGGACUUUAUUUGUAGCCAGUCGGUCUUCAAGAUGAACGAUGAACUAACUUAUAUGGAACAGGAGGAAGAAUGGGAUCGUGAAACUGUAUUAGAUCCAGCAUGGGAGAGGCAGCAGAAGAAGACAUUCACGGCUUGGUGCAACUCACAUUUGCGGCGGAUGAAUGUUCAAAUUGAUGACUUAGAAGAAGAUUUUAAAAAUGGUCUCCGACUUAUCCUCCUACUGGAGGUCAUCUCAGGGGAAAAACUACCAAAACCAGAAAAAGGAAACCUUCGUUUUCAUAAAAUAUCCAAUGUUAACAAAGCUCUUGAAUUUAUUGAACGCAAAGGAGUCAAGCUUGUUUCCAUUGGUGCCGAAGAGAUUGUUGAUGGAAACUUGAAGAUGACUUUGGGUAUGAUCUGGACUAUUAUCCUUCGAUUUGCUAUUCAAGAUAUUUCAGUAGAAGAAAAAAGCGCAAAAGAUGGACUGCUUUUAUGGUGUCAACGAAGAACACAACCCUACAAGAAUGUGAAUAUUCGGAAUUUCCAUUCUAGCUGGAAGGACGGCCUUGGUUUCUGCGCUCUAAUCCAUCGUCAUCGUCCAGAACUCAUCGACUACCAUUCCCUAAAGAAGGAUGACCCAUACCACAAUCUUAACACUGCAUUUGAAGUUGCUGAGAAGUACCUCGACAUUCCAAAGAUGUUGGACCCCGACGAGAUUGUGAACAGUGCAAAGCCAGAUGAGCGUUCCAUUAUGACGUACGUGUCAUCAUACUAUCACGCUUUCUCCGGCGCACAACAGGCUGAGACUGCUGCAAGCCGUAUUUGUAAAGUUCUUGGAGUCAACCAAGAAAAUGAGCGCCUUAUGGACGAGUACGAAGCCCUCGCUAGCGAUCUUCUGGAAUGGAUCAAGCGAAAGAAGCCGUGGCUUGAGGAUAGAACGCUUAACGAGGACACACUACCCGCUGCCCAGGGUAAAAUGGACGAAUUCCGUAGUUACCGUCGUGGAGAGAAACCACCAAAAAUAGAGGCCAAAGGUCGGCUUGAGACAAACUUUAAUACACUCCAGACAAGGCUAAGACUUAACAACCGUCCUGCAUUCAUGCCCACGGAAGGCAAAAUGAUAUCUGAUAUUAAUAAUGCUUGGAGGGGACUUGAGUCUGCAGAGAGAGGUUUUGAAGAAUGGCUCUUGUCAGAGAUGAGGAGACUAGAAAGACUUGAUCAUUUGGCCAAGAAAUUCCGAUUGAAAUGUGAAAUCCAUGAGGACUGGUCAGGCGGGAAAGUUGAAAUGCUCCAGGAACUUGACUACAAGUCGCUGUCUCUGCAUGAAAUUAAAGCUUUGCGCAGGAAGCACGAGGCUUUCCAGAGUGAUUUAGCAGCUCACCAAGACAGAGUGGAACAGAUUGCUGCUAUUGCACAAGAAUUGAAUGACUUGGAAUAUCCACAAAUUGCUCAGGUGAACUCAAGGUGUCAGGCGAUCUGUGACCAGUGGGACACUCUUGGAGCCAUGACAUUGAAACGAACACAAGCUCUUGAUGAUAUUGAGAAAGUUCUUGAUCGUAUUGAUAAGCUUCACUUGGAGUUCGCCAUCAAAGCAGCUCCUUUCUACAACUGGAUGGACGGAGCCAGAGAAGACCUUGGCGACAUGUUCAUUGUUCAUAGCGUAGAUGAAAUCCAGGAACUGAUGGACGCCCAUGAGUCAUUCAAGAAGACUUUGCCUGAUGCGCAGUCGGAGUAUGAAGCCAUUGUGCAGCUGGCAAAUGAAGUUAUUCAAAUUGGAAAUCAGUACGACAUUAAGUCUGCUCUACAGAACCCCUACACCGCUCUCAAAGUACAGGUUGCAACAGAAGGAGAAACAAAUGGCAUAGAGGAUGACUCCAAAGAUAUUACCGGCAAGUGGGCAGACCUUAAUAACCUGGUUCCAGAAAGGGAUGAAGCCCUCAACAGAGAGACUUACAAACAGCAGUCCCAUGAACAGCUUCGUCUGCAGUUCGCCAAGAAGGCCAACGUGAUCGGACCCUGGAUUUCCAAGCAGAUGGAGGCCAUCACCGCAGUAACGAUGAGCGGAUCUGGUACUCUGGAAGACCAGCAUCACUACAUGCAACAGUACGACCAAGCUGUCAAUCAAUUUAAACCGAAUAUCGACGAGCUAGAGGUCGUCAGUCAACGGGUACAAGAAGCAAUGAUCUUUGAAAACCCACACACAGAAUUCACAAUGGAGACAAUCCGUGUUGGCUGGGAACAGCUGUUGACUGCUAUCCAACGAAAUAUCAGUGAGAUCUCGAACCAAAUCCUGACCCGUGACUCGAAGGGCAUUACAGAAGAGCAGUUGAAAGAAUUCAGAGCAUCCUUCCAACAUUUUGAUAAGAACCAUACAUUGAAAUUGGAGCCGUUUGAGUUCCGUUGUUGCCUUAUGAGUUUAGGCUAUGCCGUCAAGGAAGAAGACAAAUCCCAAGAUCCAGAAUUUAACCGUAUUAUGGCAAUAUGCGAUCCAAACGGAGCAGGUUACAUCACCUUCCAAGCUUUCUUGGACUUUGUCACAAGUGAAGUUACCGACACAGACACAGCAGAACAGGUCAUGAGCUCGUUCAAGGUUCUUGCAGGAAACAAGGCAUACAUUACAGCAGAUGAACUUAGAAGAGAACUGCCUCCAGACCAGGCAGAGUAUUGUAUUGCAAGAAUGGCACAGUACACGGGAGAUGAUGCAGUACCUGGUGCUUUAGACUAUAUGUCCUUCUCUACCGCCCUCUAUGGUGAAAGUGAUUUGUAACAUCCAGCCCUUAAAACAUAGGUUCUUACUAUUAUCACUGCUAUUACCAUCACUACUAGUAGAAGCUUUUUUCUCAAGUGAAAUAGCAUGUCUAUUUCCAUGCUAAGUAGAUGGUGUGGUUUCACCAGGUAAAUUCAUGUUAAGCAAUAAGCAUGUUAGAUGGAUAAAAGUGAUUAAAAAUGAUGUUGAAUACUUAAUUGAAAAUGCCACUUAAUGAGCAUCAGUACCAUGGCAACAUCAUUUUUUUCAAAGGUCAAUACUCAUGACCUCUAUAUUCAUGAAUAUGCAUUAUAUAUACAUGAGUCAUCAUAAACUUUUUGAAUAAUAUAUUAUUUUGAAUAAAUUAAAACUCAUACGUAUAUGUUUUUGAUAAUUUCGAGGCACUAUUUUAAAUCUAUUUUGGUUUAUUU